GGAUUACAACGACGAUAUUAGACAAGAACAAAUGUGGGAAAUGCAGGUACUCUCUAGCCAAAAGAACACCAAAAGUGACGAAUCCAACAAUGGAGGUUCACAGAACGAAAUCAGCGAAGACAGAUUAAGCGAAGAAGACGCGACAGAUGCAAAUAAUUCGUUUACUGGUGAUGUGCAAAAUUCAAAGGACGACUCAGAACACCCCGCCAUGAGAGGUAUUCAACCAGGUACAACACCACCUUCAGUACCGACGGACAUCCCAGCACCAAAUAAUGGAGCCCCACAAUCAUUGCCUGCUACUACUGACGCUGCAGGCACUCCGCUUUCUUCGGUGGCUACUACAGCUGCACUAGGUACACGCAAAAGGCCUCUACUGGCAGGGGGGCCUAGGACGUCCAUGACACCCACAAAAAGAACUGUUAUGAGUCUUCUGGCAAGAGCGCGAGCAGCUCAAGCAAAACAACUACCAGGUGUGACAGGAGUGUCUGGAGCCACGACUUUUACCCGAGGAGUUUCCGUUUUUGAUGAGCGAGCCCCAACUCUGUUUCCACUUCUGAGGGAGGAUUAUAUGAGUGCGGUUAAUUUAAAUUUAAUUUAAAUUUAACUUCCAUUUUUUAUAACACAGCUCAAAAAUAUCGUGAUGGUGAAGUGAACUUUUAAUUUUAACAUAAUUUACUGCGAAACUCUGUUAUGUUUAAGCUGAACAGACUAUAUUGUAAAGUUACUUAAGAUUUGUGGUAUUUUGUAUAAAAAAGGGAAAAAUUUUACAAAAAAUAACUAUACAUAUUACAAAAUGCUAUUUUAUAUAUCGUCGAAAAUAUUUUUCGAGUUUCAGUAAUUUAUAAAAUUCGUUUUCAAACAAAUUAUAAAUUGGUAAUUUUACAAUAUAACAUUUUACAACAAAGCUGGAGUUAUAAAUUAUUUUUUCAGUGAUAAUGUUCACAAUAAGGUCACUUCCCGUCUCACUGAGAUUUCCAAAUGUUCAAUAUGUUUAAAUUGCAAGUCAAAAAUGUUUUGCAUAUUACAUAUUACCCGAAAUGCUAGAGAAUAUUAACUAAAUUGCACAAACUCAAAAAUGUUUUGCAUAUUACCUGAAAUGCUAGAGAAUGAGUGCUAAACAUAAUUUAAAUAUCAUAUUGCUAAACAUACCUUAAUACGCAAAACAUUUUUGGGUGUGCUUGCCUAGAGUUCGUUUGCUUUAAGAACGAGCCAAGCACGUCAUCAAUAAUGCCCCGCCUACUGCCGUUAAAUAGGUAGAGCACUGUCAUUACUAUUUUUCUACCAACGGCAAAGAAAAUUCAUAGGCGUACCUACAUUUCGUUUGUUACGAUUUAAGAUUUAAUUUAUUUCUUUUUGCGAAUUGAAGUAUAGUUUACCUAGAUCUAGUUUUUUUUUCAUGUAAAGCUUGUACCUAAAUGUAUUGGUCGAGGUAACAUAGAUUUCUCACUGUGUACUAUAUAGUAUAUAACAUAAUAAUAUUAGAUAAACUUUGUAUAGGCCCUUGCUUUCCUAUAGAUGAGCGUGUCCAAUUAAAAAUUCGAUGAAGUACCUAGUCUGUUCUUAAAGCAAACGAUGUCUACCUAAUACAUUUAAAAAGUAUUGUAUGAUGUAUGUAUUUAUUUUAUGACUAAAAAUUUUGUUUGCUCACUAGACCUAACCGUGACCUGAUUGAAACCAUACCGAAACAUUACAAAUAAUGAGUAUAAGAAUAAUUUCUUGACCGUAGCAGAAUUUUAUAUAAAUAAAAAUUUCCUUGGUU